UUAAGCAGGAAAGGUGUAGGCAUCAUGUACGAGAUCCGUGUGAUUGAAAACGAGAGCCAUCUGGAAGACUCCCAAAGGCUUCUAUACAAAGUCUACGUGGAGGAACAGGAAUGGCGGUUCGGUAAGAAUAAUCCCGCAGGAUUAAGGGUGGAAGAUGGAAGACUCAUAGACAACCGCAGCUACAUCGCGACAGUAUUUGGUUUGUUCUGUGAGGAUAGGCUUGUAGGUACAUCUAGAAUUUGCAAAAGGGUGGAUGGAAAGUUCGAAGUACAGGAGUACGACACUGGGGGUGGCAAUAAAGAAACGGUACAGGAGCAACAAUCUCCACACGAAGUUCGUGCGAGUUUAGUGUACGAGCAUUUGGUGAACUUCUAUCAGAAGAUAGGUGCAGCUUUCAUGGAUGUCAAGUUCAAGUACGAACCUCACGACAAUGAGUACGCCCGCAUUGGCAUACUCGCUACUAUGGUUCAGAUGCGUACCGCUAUCGAUAAGUUGGAUAGAUUCAUCGAAAAAGGAGAAAGUCCGACAGAAAAAGGAGAAA